AUGCUUCAGCACGAUCAGUCGAGUCUGAAGUACAGCUUUGUGCUCGACUUGAAGCAAAUGCUACUAGAAAUGUUGCAGCACGAUCAACCGAGUCUGAAGAACAGCGCACGAUCAGCCGAGUCUGAACAACAGACUGUUAAUCGCCGUGCUGAAGAUGCUCUGAGGCAUACAUUCACCAGAGAAGCCGAGUGUCCUCAACAAACUGCUGCUAGACUUGCUGCUUGCGCUGCUCGAUUUGCCGCCACUAUAUCCAACGAAACCCAAGAUGAAGCUACCGAUAGGCGACAAAGUAAUGCAAGUAUUCAGCGACGAUCUAGGGAAACCCGUCAAAUCUCCAAAGAAGAAUAUCUAGAUGCUUUUGAUGCUUCCGUCAAUGGACCGCUUCAUAAGCAACCUUUCGUCGACAUGCAUAUGAAAAAAUUCCAUUCUGAAUUGCAUCAAUUAAAUCAGCAGCAUUGCCUCCACUGUCGAGAAUUGUGGCCAACAAGAGAUGCAAUUGUCGAUCCCUACAUUUGCUGCCGUUGCAAGAAACUUACGGAAUUCAACCCUUUUGGCAUUCAAAAUGAUAUGGUGCGUGAUUUUUCAUCUAUUCCACUAGCAAUUCAGAAGCACAUUCGGGAACUUACUCCUCUCGAAGAAAUGCUUCUCUCGCCACAUUUUUUCGGUGGUGUCUUGGAUCACGAAUGGUUUUGGUAUCGUUUCGAGUGGCAAUCAAGAACAGCCAUUCAUGCCCACGGUGUUGUAAAGCUCAAAAACGACCCGGGGAUUGCCGACCUAGUGAUUAAAGUCUAUGCUGGCCGACUUAUGGCGCAAAAACUAGCUGAUCCACAGUACACAGCAAACCUUAGCGAACAAGACGUCCUAGAAAAGCAAGAUCUUGUUGAAACCGGCAUUCUUGCAGAACUCAAGGUUCUAAAGUAUGCCGAUACUCUGUUGUGUGCCUGUAAUACUCGGUCUGAUCCAGUCAACCCGUUCAAUGCUGAAGUACCAGUUCCCCAUCCGUGUUCAAGCAAUGUCUCGUCAAUUCUGAACGAUGGAGCAGCCAUGGACGACUUUUACGAAAGAUUGGCAAACUGUGUUCAACGUCACGUCUGUCGACCAGACGGUUACUAUCUUCAGCUCAUUCUUGAUCAUCACGCUGCAAUGAACUACAUGGUCAAGUAUGCUAGCAAACAAGAGCGAUCUGGAAACACUUUACAGCAAGUGAUCAAAACGAUUAUCAACAAGGCUGAUGUCACAGAUAAUGCUGGCUGCGCUUUUCGCUCCUCAAUAAUUCGUUCCAUUGGCCAUCGUGACAUUGGGAAAGGUGAAGCGUCGCGCAUUUUGUCUUCCGGCCACCACUGUGUAUCAUCCUUCAAUUACGUCAACGUUUCUUUGGACCUGACUGUUAACGAAGUCUACAGAAAUCCAACGACUGGUGAGUUGGAAACUCGACCAACUCUGCUUACCUACUUUGCCAAACGUCAUGUUUACAUUGAACAAAACACCUACCCCAAUUGGAAUCUUGAUCAACCCAAUUUUAUCGAGUUUUGUCGUCACUUCACUGUCGUCAAAGGGAAUCUUAGAAAUAAUCCCAAGCCGGACAAGACCAUUGUUUUGACAUUCCCGGUGCAUCGAAAUUCUCCUACGUCAGCUACCUACCAUCUGUUCUGCCGAUAUUCGCUAAUCAAGUUUUUCCCAUGGACGGAAUCAUCUAUUCCAAUGCUUUUGGAUGACAACCUUGUCGUACGCCAAUGGCAAGACUUUCGAUUGACUGCAGCUCAGGAACUGCGUCAAUAUUUCAACUUAGACGAAGAAUUACAAAGUCGAUUAGAUCAGGCAGCUGAUGACCUCCAGGAAGAAGACAACAUUGAAAACGACAACUUUAAUCAACUUGAAUGGCAGCAAGCGGUCGGUAUGCGACCUGUUGGCGAACAAGAAGUUCGUUCUGAUCUACCUGUGAUUGACCGUUCUUUCCCUUGGCUGACUAGUCUUCAGCUUCAUUACACUCCACAUGAAUUGGCCUGUGGAAGCACUUGGGUGGUUAAUCAUCUAACCAACGGAAGAGAUCUCGGCACUGAUUCUACAGAUUUACCGUUUGUCAGUCCCAGUCAACUGAAUCGUUCACAACGAAUGUGGUUCGAUAUGGUUGUUGAGGCUCUGCAAUCUCGGAAACAGUUGUUAUUGAUCGUCAAUGGCACAGCUGGUACUGGCAAAACCUUCACUAUUUCAGCAAUUUCCAGUGCUGUCCCUAAAGAACAUAUCGUCCGUUCGGCCUACACCGCGAAAGCUGCCCAUCUCAUCCGCGGUGAAACUUUGCACAAGAUAUUUCAAAUUCCAGUAGAAAAAGGCCAAGGCACAAAGUUUGGCCCUCUUAAUGGAGCGAAACUGGCAGCUCUUCAAGAGAAAUUUCGUCAUGUUAAAAUUAUCAUAAUUGACGAAUAUUCAAUGUUGAGUUUGACCAUGCUUGGAAAAAUUGACGCUCGUCUUCGUGAAGCCAAAGGCAACAACCUUUUUUGUGGUGGGCUGACUGUUAUUUUGGUUGGAGAUCCAGCUCAGCUUCCUCCUGUGGCUGCUCCUUCCCUCUAUUCCCAAUCAACAGCACCGUUUGCCAACGAGGGUCGGGCCGCUUACUUGGCUUUCCAAUCCGUCAUCAAGUUGACAGAAGUUCGACGACAACAAGUAGAAGAUGGCGACAUUGACCAGCAAACAUUCCUGGACACACUCAACUCUUUGAGAGAGGGAAACUGUUCCAUAGACCAGUGGAAAUUCCUUCAAGCAAGGAAUCCGGAAGCCAUUGCCAACUUUGGCACUGAUUUUGAAGAUGCGACCUACUUGUUUGCCACCAACGAAGCUGUAAAUCGCAGAAAUUACUUCAAACUACCACAACUUCAAAUGCCAAUCACCCUACUACGGUCGGUAAAUCUGCCUUCAAGUGGCAAGUCAAAGCCAUCUGAUCAUUUUCGAGGGCUUGAAGUUGAACUGUACCUUGCGAUCGGAGCCCAAGUAACAUUAACAUCCAACAUCAACACGGCUGUGGGUCUCACUAAUGGUGCCAGAGGUACCGUGGUUGAUAUCGUCUAUUCCAAACAGCCCAAUGUUGAUCUGCCUGAUUUCAUCGUUGUUAGAUGGCCUGAUUAUACCGGUCCUCAAUUCUUCUCUACAACCAUGAAUAAAGGCAUUUCAACUCACAACUGUAUACCAAUCCCGGCCAUAUCCAUACGGUCUGAUGACACGAGAGCCGUCCGGAUUCAGUUUCCCCUUCGCCUGGCUUAUGCGAUGACCGUAUGGAAAUCUCAAGGAGAAACUCUAGGCAAAACUGUUGUAGACAUCGGUCCCAAAGAAACCGCCGGCCUGACUUUCGUCGCUCUUUCUAGGGUACGACACAUUAGUGAUUUGGCCGUCUUGCCAUUUGACUAUCAAAGAGCAUUGAAAAUUUCGACUGGUGAUGGGUUAUUUGCUAGGAAGAUGGAAGAAAGACGGCUAAAUAUGCUGUGUCAGGCUACACAAGAUCAAUGGUUUGAAAAAACCCAGAAUAAAUUUGUUUGA